ACUUACCCCGCGUGUCAUACCCCCAACACAGUAUCGCCCAAGAUCGCGACUACAGACAAACCGCAUCGGCCACUCCGAUCUUAACAGUGACCUUCGCACACUUAUCCUCAAUACAUAAGAACACACUCUUCAAAAAGACCACAAUGCCCCCCCACCGAACCCCCAUCGACACCCCAGAACCCAUCCCUCCCACCAUGAAAACCUACACCUUCGCCCACCCCGGCCCUCCCAGCACCACCCUGCACCUUAACCCAACACACCCCACCCCCACCUUGUCAACAGAAACCUCCCUCCUCAUCCGCAUCUCCCACAUGGCCCUCCAUCCCGGCGCAACCCACAUGAUGCAACUACUCCCCGCAUGGACACAACACUUCCCCGCCGUCCCCGAAACAGACUUCUCAGGAAUUGUACUAUCCACCGGCACACGCGUACCGCUCACCCCGCCGCCACCACCUGAUGCGCAUCGCUUCUUCCCGCCCGGCACGGCGGUCUUCGGCUCGAUUUCCGUGGGCCAGCACCUGAAGAAUGGUACCGGCGCGUUGACUGAGUACCUGGUCGUUGAGAUGGGGGAUGUGGCGCGUAAGCCGGAGGGUGUUUCGGUUGUGGCUGCGGCGGGGUUGGGGGUUUCCGGGGUGACGGCGUUAGCUUUGGUGGAUGUGGUGGAGGGGGUUGUGGGCCCCUUGGAGGGUGGGGAGAGGGUGUUGGUUAAUGGGGCGUGUGGAGGGGUGGGGCAUUUUGUAGCGCAGAUGCUGGCUUCGAGGGCUGGGUUGGUGGUUGUGGGGGCUUGUUCGAGGGAGUCGGGGGAGGUUGCGAGGGGAAUGGGGUGUGUACAGGUGGUGGAUUAUCGGGGGCUGGAGGGUAGGAUUGAUCGUGGGAAUGGAGAGGAAGAGGAGGAAGAGGAGGAGCUAGAGGUGUUCCAUGCGAUUAUCGAUGCGUAUGGGUCGCAGGGUCUGUGGUAUGCGGCGGGACGGUGGUUAAAGCCUGAUCCGGGGCAUGUGUGUGUCUCGGUUGGGCCGGCGUUGGAGGCGUAUACCUUUCGCAGUGCGGUGGGGGUGUUGGUGAAGCAGAUGUUGAAUCGGUUCUUGCCGGUGUGGCUGGGUGGGAUAGACAGACAAUAUCGGCAGGUUACGGCUUGGGUGGAUGCGAAGAGGUUGGAGAGACUGAGGGUGUUGGCUGAGGAGGGGGUCUUGAAGACGUAGAUUGGCGGUGUUUGGGGGUUUGAGAAUGCGAUUCAGGCAUAUGAGGUCUUGUUAAGCAAGCAUGCGAAGGGCAAAUUGAUCAUUCGUGUUCAGAACGAGGAGCUCUCUACGGGAGUUGAGCGGCUUCUGUUUCCAUUGUACAUUCUUUGAUCUCAUUGCGAAGACAUUUCUCCUUGAGAGAGCUGUUGAAUUAGCACAAGUAAGACCAGGACUUGGGGUUGAAGAUAUUGUUACAGGAAAGAAUGUACCAGACUUAGGAAGGGCAAGGGAAGCAUGAAUGGAUGACUGACUUCCUUUCUUUCACGUUCACAAAUGAUAGCCAUCCAUCAUAACGACUGUUGCAAGAAACAGUCCCAUCUACGCAC